AUGGAGCUGUCCGAGAUCGAGGACCUUCCGAAGAAACUCCUUCGGGAGGAGGCUGGCCGCACCUUCCGUCUUCAAGCUUCGCGAGCCAUUAAUGCCGCCGAAAAGGCGAAGAAGGCAUAUGAAGACGGCAGAGCGAAGGUUGCCGAAGCUGGCAAAGCCAUCCAAGCUCAGGCGAACUUGGCGAAGGACAUGCAGGCUACCGAACGGCAGGUCAAAGCUUAUCAAGCCAAGCUCGGUGAGCUGUCGGCAGCGUUGGAGUCGGCGCAGCUAUUGGCAAAGGAGGCUCGGGAAUCGAAGAAGGCGAUCCAGGUGGCCUUUGAGGAGUCCGAGCGGGUCAGGGCUUCCGAGAUCGAGGCUGCCGUCCAAGAGGCGAUAGGGCGGUACCGUCGGUCAACUGAGUUUUCUACUUUGCUCGACAAGGAAGUAGGCCUGGAGAUGGCGGACUUGGUCUACCGUUUCAAACGGUACAACCCUGGUAAGAAGCUCAACCUCAACUUCAUUGCCGAUCCUCCCCCCCUUCCUGAAGGCAUAACCGAAGAAAUGAUUGAGGAGUACAAGGGGGAGGACGCCACAGAGGAGGUGCCAGCCGAUCCCGAAAGGGGUACUACCGAAGGCGAUGUGGACGCCGCCGAAGUCGACGAAGCCGCCGCCGAAGCCGACGAAGCCGCCUGA